AGGAAAAGCAGACGAGUGGAUUUUAAACAAACAUAUCUUUCUGAAGAAGACCAUUCUCGCUCCUCGCUGCUGGGAAAGCUACUCUGAACCUUGCUGUAUAUUUUUUUUUUUCCAAAGGAGAAGACUUGAUUGUCUGAUUGGAUCUAAUGAUUUACUGGCUUUUAACUGCGUUUUUCCCCUCUCCUAAGGAUUCCUCAAAAAACGGCUUAAUUAUUUUCAGCUUUUCUCUUCUACCUGCCUGUCUGCAGAGACACCAAAGGUUCUCCCUUCCUCUCCCUCCCCACCCCCAUUUCUUUUAGUAUUUUUUUUCCUCUUUUCCAUUUAAUAUAUACAUAUAUAUAUAUAUAUAAAUGUGUAUGUAUAUAUAUAUGUAGAGGCAAGAGUGGAGGAAGCGGAGGGGGAGAGAGCUCUGCCAUCCUUUUGGACUUCACGCGCUGCCCAAUGUUGGGCUGGUUACCCCUGGAUAUGUUGCUGGUUUCCAUUUGGAAUUUGACGAAGGGAAGAAGGAGGAUAUAAAACCUGGGGAGCUCGGCAAGGUUUUGUUUAUGGCCACAGGAGGGAGCUCAAAUCCAGACAUGGGAGGAUCGGCUUGAUUUCAGAUCCAGAGCCUCUUAAACUCUGCUUUUCCUCUAAGCUGGUCCCUGUUAUGUCCAGGAUCUGGCACCUGCUUGACAUUUACUUUGAGUUCCAGAGGACCAGAGACCUAGGAUGAGGAGCAUUGGAUCCGCCCUGAACCUGCUUUUGGUAUCGCCACUCUACUUUGUGUGGACCGUGGUCGCUCUGGACCUGGCACAAACUCCCUGCACCACUUUGGUCCAAGGGAAAUUCUUUGGGUAUUUCUCCUCCUUCGCCGUCUUCCCGUUGAACUCCUCUCUCUGCUCUUGGAUUAUCCAGAACCCCGACCCUCGCAGGUACACUUUGUACAUGAAGAUCCUCAAACCCUCCGGCGUAUGUGACCACCAGCACAUCCGCACCUACCAGUUCGACUCCUUCCUGGAGUCCACCCGCACCUACCUGGGCAUGGAGAGCUUCGACGAUGUCUUGAAGCUCUGCGAUGGCUCCACCCGCUUUGCCUUCCUCCAGUCCAACAAACAAUUCCUGCAGAUGAAGCAGACGGCCCCACCGGGCGUGGACACCUGGCCCAUGCGGUGGAAGCCCACCAAGGCUCAGGAGAGGGACUUCUCGGUGGAGUAUCUGGUGGUGGGCAACAGGAACCCGAGCAAAGCCGCCUGCCAGAUGCUCUGCAAGUGGCUGGACGCCUGCCUGGCCAUCAGCAGCAGCUCCCACCCGUGUGGCAUCAUGCAGACCCCGUGCUCCUGCUCGGGAGGGGAGGUCCUGGAUCAGGCCAGCGAGAUCCUGGGCUUCACCAGGAAGAAGGAGGAUUGCUACAAGGAUGGGAUUUACUUGGAGAACUGCGUGAGCAGCCCCAAGGACAGCAACGGAGCGGAGUUCCUGGGUGGUUGGAACUCCUGGUCGGCUUGGGGUGACUGCACCAAGGACUGCGGGGGCGGCCUGCAGACCCGCAUGCGCUCCUGCAAGCCCCUUCCCAACGAAGGCCUGGCCUGCGAGGGAGUCCUGGAGGAAGGACGGCUGUGCAAUAGGAAGGCUUGCAAUACCAAUGGACGCUAUAAUUCCAGAAGCCAAUCGCUGAGGUCCACAGAUAACAGAAAGCGAGAGGACCCUGACGACCUGCAGCACUACGGGUACCCUGCACCUCAAAUAGGUGACCCUGCAGCAGAGGAGUGGUCCCCGUGGAGCGUGUGCUCGACCACCUGCGGGGAGGGCUGGCAGACCAGGACCAGGUUCUGUGUUUCGUCUUCCUACAGCACCCAGUGCAGUGGCCCUCUCCGGGAGCAGAGGCAGUGCAACAACUCUGCUGUGUGCCCAGUGCACGGCACCUGGGACGAGUGGUCCCCGUGGAGCCUGUGCUCCUCCACUUGUGGGAGAGGCUACAGGGAUCGGACCCGCACCUGCAAACCCCCCCAGUUCGGUGGGAACCCCUGCGAGGGCCCGGAGAAGCAAACCAAGUUCUGCAACAUCGCUCUCUGCCCAGUGGACGGCAACUGGAACGAGUGGUCGAGCUGGAGCUCGUGCUCCGCUUCCUGCUCCAACGGGACCCAGCAGCGGACGCGGGAGUGCAAUGGGCCCUCCUACGGCGGAGCCGAGUGCCAGGGACACUGGGUGGAGACCCGGGACUGCUUCCUGCGCCAGUGCCCAGUGGAUGGGAAGUGGCAGGCCUGGGGAGUGUGGGGCAGCUGCACUGCCACGUGUGGAGGCGGCACUCAGAGACGUGACCGGGUGUGCUACGGCCCCUUCUUCGGUGGACAGACUUGCCAGGGUCCCAAGGAGGAGUACAAGCAGUGCAAUGACAGAAAGUGUCCUGAGCCCCAUGAAAUCUGUGACGAGGAGAGUCUUGGCCCCGUGGUUUGGAAGGAGACGCCAGCCGGGGAUGCUGCAGCUGUCCGGUGCCCCCGUAAUGCCACUGGGCUGAUCCUUCGAAGAUGCAUCUUAGAUGAGGAAGGCAUCGCUUACUGGGAGCCUCCAACAUACAUCAAGUGUGUUUCUAUUGAUUACAGGAACAUACAGAUGAUGACCAGGGAACACCUUGCCAAAGCUCAGCGUGGGCUGAUGGGAGACGGGCUGUCAGAUGUGCUCCAGAACCUUGUGGAAAUCUCCCAGGAUGGGACCAGCUACAGUGGGGACCUGCUGUCCACCAUGGACGUACUCAGGAACAUGACAGAGAUCUUCCGUAGGGCUUAUCACAGCCCAACUUCUGGGGAUGUGCAGAACUUCGUCCAGAUCAUCAGCAACAUUUUGUCAGAGGAAAACCGGGAAAAAUGGGAGGAAGCUCAGCUGAUAGGGCCAAACGCCAAGGAGCUGUUCAGGCUCGUGGAGGAUUUCAUUGAUGUCAUCGGCUUCCGCAUGAAAGAUUUCCGGGAUUCCUACCAAGUCACAGACAAUCUGGUCCUUGGUAUUCACAAACUGCCUGCAAAUGCAGCAACAGACAUCACCUUCCCCAUGAAAGGCUGGAGGGGAAUGGUGGACUGGGCCAAGAACUCAGAGGACAAGGUCACUGUCUCCAAGAGCAUCCUCUCUUCAGGGCUCUCAGUGUCAGACGACUCCUCCGUCUUCGUGGUUGGGACCGUGCUGUACCGCAAUGUGGGCAACAUCCUCUCCCUGCAGAGGAAUAGCACCGUUCUGAACUCCAAAGUCAUCUCUGUGACUGUGAAGCCAUUCCCCCGGUCUCUCCUCACCCCUCUGGAAAUUGAAUUCUCCCACCUGUACAACGGAACCACCAACCAGACCUGCAUCCUGUGGGAUGAAAAUGAUGGGUGA